AUGCAAUUUAUCCAAGACACUCAUCCUGAGGCCUUCCCCCAGCUACUUGAACGGCUUCCGCCUGAGCUCCUACAGUAUAUUAUUGAACUACAUUUCUUUUCCAAACCUCUUGGUUCCCAUUACGCUCUGCAUCAACUUCGACUGCUACUACACGAAACGAACCCUUAUCUACGUAUUCGACGAGAGAUUGAACAUUUCUUACGGAGCUUACGGAUCCGAGAAAUAAUACGAACCCGUUGGAACCUCUAUCUCAACUAUAACGAUGCCGUGAGCAAUCAACACGAGAUCCCUUUAUACCCCGAACGACAAAGGGAUCUGGCUACCUGGAGUUUGACUGAAUGCACGGACUGUUUCUAUUUUAUGCUUGACCGCUGGGCAAUUCGACCUUCUUACUAUAACAACCACGGCUAUAGCUUCUUUGCCCUUGCUUCCCACCUUGAGAACAAAGAGCUUUUAUGUCGCCUAGUCUCUUCUGCGGAACCCAAAGAAUUGCUCAAAUUUCUGUCAACCGGACUUGAAGAUCAUACAACAAUCUUCCAACAAACUGUGACCGACGCGAAAGUUUUUCAGAUAUGUUGGGAUCGACUUGAAUCGGCUCCAGACCUAGACCUCUCAUUAACGCUUCGGGUGAAGCAUAUCUAUACUGUUUGCAAGUACGUCACUGUCGAUUUGGCGAACAGAUUGUUGGCCCGAGGCAUCGAUAUUUCAAUGGGUCUUGCAACUGGCAACGGCAAUUUGACAGCUUGGCAUGCAGUAGCCGAGUUUCACCCAGACCCAAAGUCUAUUUUCGAGUGGCUCCAUAUACACGCUUUGUUGCCUCAGGAACUGAGACCCGCUGUACUACUCCGAGCUACCCAAUCAGACCGGGUGGAAGCUGCCAUUUGGCUUAUUGAUCAUAGCAAUGACUCCAUCGAAUAUCGCCCGGCUGCAAUAGAGGCUGCCAAGCGCCAAACAGAUGAAAGUGCAACCAUACUUGAUGGUAUUGUACAACGCACAUCCCUUGCCCAGUCUAGGGAUAGGUCUCUGUUUCCGCUCCAGGAUCUCGUGGUAGAAAUUGUGUCGGGUGCAUGUACGAAAAGCAGAGAUCUUUUCAUGAAGAAAGAAGUUCUGUGUGAGAGACAAGCCAGGUUCGCAGAACAACACGCCGAGGUAUACAAAAGCGAGCUUACCAUUUUGGAAAAGCGCGCUAUUUUGAAGAUUCAAAAAUCUCUUGUUUGCAACAGCGACUGGUUUUUGGAUAUGGCGCUGGUUCUUGCAGCACGUGAAGCAAAUUUGCACAACCUGGCCGGACUUUUGGAUCAUUUGAUGGAUAAGGAAUAG